CGAGAUGAAGAUUGUUCUCAACAUCUGGAGGGAUUCUAUAUCGUGAGCAGAACCGAAAAACAAGUCAUAGGCGAAAUUUGUGCAUAUCACAUGGAGAUCUAACUGUAUACUACUUUGGAUCGUGUCUUCUUCUCCAUCAAUUCUACUAUUUUUUCAAGAGAAUGAAAUUAUAAUGAUGCGCAAAAUGUCCAUGUCGAUUGAACUGCGAUGGCAUCAUCGGCGGAAACUACGCUUUCGCGAAAAAGCGUGUUUCUGAUUGUACUCUAUGCUGAGAUGCCAUCUUCGGGAAGCUUGACCGAUUUGAACACUGUGUGUGACGACGACGUGCAACUAAGGCAGUUCUCGAUAGGACGACAGUGAUUCAGAUUGAAACUUGCUGCAGAUGUUUUCGUCUCCUGUUGCCAGGAGGAGGACUUACAAAAUGAGCAGAAGUUUGGGCGUACUAGCUGGUCCGGGUUGCUCCAGGAAGCUCCAGCGGGGGAAGAGCAAAAUGAUGUCUCUACUACUGAUUCAGGUCGCUGCACUUGUAGCUGGUCCGGGCUGCUCCAGGAGCAAGAUGAUGUCUCUACUGAUUCAGGUAGCUCCUGUUGUUCUGACCGCUACUAGUUUCGGAGGCCUUCUCCUCGGAAAAGCAUCCUCAUCUGUCGUUUCCUACGAUCCGAAUACGCCAACUCGCAGUGCCGAUCUCGUUCCGCCGACAGUAUUGAUGCCAGAGUCUACUAAUUUUCCAGGACCACCAUGGCAAUUUGUCAAUGCCUUAGAGGCAGACCCGUUCAAGUGCGAAAACCCAGUUCGACAGGAGUUAGCAGGAAACACGACUGCUGCACCCUAUGAGUGGGUUUUCUCGAAGGUCAUCAUGUGUAAACCAGGAGGAACGGGUGGCAGUGGUGGUGGUGGAGGAGGUGCUGCUGCCGGUGGGAACUACAACUCAACAAAUUCUAGUAGUUCUGGGAACACAACCUCCUCUUCCUCUGGAGGUUUAUAUUCAUCUUCAACAUCAAAUAGUAGUAGUACCUCGAAUACUGGAACAUCACAAUCAAACGCGCUUCCCGAACUACGUGAGUUCGUGAUUACAAACGUUUUAGUCCCUCCCGAACCACCUAUGCUAUUUCCUGAUGAAGGGGUGACACUGACCUUGCCUUGUGGUGGGCGUGGCUGUUCGCCCCACUUUUUCGGGUUCUACAGUCGGUACCCCGAUUGCAAGGGGCGCGCCACCGAUAUUGCGAGGUUUGAGGGCACGGGCGCCAGCUUCUACAACCUGACCGAAGUGUACCUGACUCUCGAUUUGCGAAAGCUCUACGGGUUCUACUACAUCUGCUUCACGCGUUCGUUCACCCCCGACACGCGGGUGGUUUCUAUCGCUAGUGGAUUGCACAACGCAUCGGCAACAGAGUAUUCUUCGACUAGUCAGGUUGGAACGGAUCAUCAGAGGACGUCGAGUUCAGCACAUCAGCAUCAUGGUUCUAGUGGUAGUGAUUCAGAUUCAGCUAUCGAGUUUGACUACACAGCGGCUGCACACGUGCCGAAUGAGGAAGCUCUCUCCGUCUCUUUCGAGUCCGAGUUUUACAAGAAGCACUUCGUUUCGGGGUUUCCGAGGGCUAGAAACGCAGAACUCGUGUUUCGAAAACGCUACGCGGGUCGCGAAGUCAUCUACUACAAGUCACAUGCGAUCUAUCCGGGUCACGCGACUUUAGAUGGCAAAUUGCUAUGGCAUUCGAUUCCUUCAGUUACGUGUUCCGGCAUUCGGGUGUUUGUUUUCCCAGCUCACAGUUGGGAAUACAAUUUUCGAGGACCAAGGCCGAUCGUUUUAGGGCAGCCUGGUGCAGUUUCGCCUGGCAGUGUAAGCGUGAAUCGCGCGUCGCAAGAUGUUCUCGCUUACCCCAAUGACCCCUCUGCCACGUUUCUAGUCCUUCGGAGUAACAGUCCAGACCCAGUCGAGUUUUACCUAGCGAAUUCCACCGACAGCGAAGAGGAUUUUCAACCGCGAAGUCCUUACUUUCAGACCAGUUUCUGCAGUACACCUGGGGAGAUCAUCGAAUCUACGCGAACGAAUUUUUCCAGCGUUCAGUCGACGGAUCAGUUACCAGUGGAAGGAUAUCCGUAUCCCGGCUACAAGCUGUUCGCCUAUAUGAACACGGCAGAUCUAAAGCCACGCAGAUUCUACACUCUGUGUACGCAGGGAUUGGGAGCAUUGCAACUCUUGAAGGUGUGGGCGACGGACUUGACCGCGACUCCGACACAUCUGAGUCCUUAUCCGGCCACUAGUUUCGUCACGAAACUGUUCGACAUGCGACCAGGGAAGCUGUUCAAUACGGAUCGGAUCUACUUGGGAAACGAAAAUUGUUUCGUCGACGACAUGUACCUGAAAGCUCAAGGGCAAUUUUCCACAGUGCCGAGUCUAGAUUUCGGUCCGACGCCUCCUACACGGGCGCAAGUGCUACUGACGAAAUUCAUCAACUACGAUCCGAUAAACGAGCCGAUGCAGCCGAUCAAAUUCCAUUGUCCAAACGCGAGGUCUUCUGGCUGUCUCGAGGGCAAAUCAAUGUUGUUCUUGGCCAAUGUGACGAAGUACUUGGUCCCUUUAGGGGAUCGUCGAUUCACGGGCAACUGCGAGGAACGCGUGACGCCGAGUGUUCCUGUCGAACUCGAUACGUCGCAGAUGAUUAACGGCACCUUGAACGAGUUCGUGAAUUUCACGGCAUUUAUGGACGUGAGGCAGGUGCGUCCGAUGACGCGAUACUCCGUUUGCAUCGACUAUGAUGGCGCCGCUGGCCAGGCCUUUCCGGUACGAACGACGACAGAAAAGACAGCGUACGAACCAGUCUUUUUGGACAUCUUGUUCGUGAACCCAGUGAGACGUUUCGUUCCAAAAGGAUUCGUACAUCUGCACACCGCUUCGACGUUCAAUUUAGAGGGUUUUCAAUUGUUCGAAAGCUCGGCUCCGAACUACCUGAACGGCGCAACCGGAAAGCCAGCAGACUCGUUAGACGUCCGCUUGUUGUUCAACUCCGGAAUUAUGAGCGGCGUAUCGAAUUUGGGCAAUGCUCUCGGUUCGGAGGUGGAAUUAGAACUAGCUUUUGCAUUGGAGAAGUCUUGUGAUCAUGCCCAUGAGGGUGAGGCCGACCAUCUUCACGGCGUACCGCAAAAUCCGAUGCAAUUCUACCUCAUUUCCCCCUACGCAAAGGCAGUGACCGUGGUUCCACGAGGAGCGCAUUUGUGCAUGAGAGUCUUGGAGAGGGAAAAAAUCAACGGAACGGUCUUGGCAAGUUGGGCUGGUGACACGCGUUUGAAAGUGGAGGAUGUACUCGCAACGCAUCCGGAGAUCUUUUUGACGAAAUUUCAGAUCUGCGAGUUACCAGUGUGGAACCCAACUUUGGUAACGCAACUCGCAACUGGUCGAGACAUCGCGCUUUUCGGAGGGUCUCUUGGCGUGGAAGCGGUGUUGUCCGGGUUCCAGGGAGGGUCGGUCACGGGUUUUCAGAGCAGUCGCAUUGGUGCCUUCCUUUGCUUCACACAUUGCGCUGAUGUUGAAUCGACAACAAGACGUUUUUUCUUGUCCAGUUUUCCAUCCCUCUCGCAGCAACUCCAACUAGACAAUACCAAAAUGCGCAUCGACCAGAAUUGCUUUCUCAACAGCUUGUGGUGUCCUUCGGCAUGCGAGACACGUCUAGGGCUGUACGAUGGCGACGGUUUUGCAUUGCGGUCGCCUAUGGUACCGAGCGAGUAUGGGGAAGGCGACGAAUUCUGGAUCAAUUUAGCGGAUAAAGACGAAAUGCGACCGGGAAAGCACUAUCAGCUGUGUCUGUUUUUCUCUUAUGACUUCGUUAAAGUUGUUGUUGAAGCACAUUGAAUUCGUAUUUCUAGUGGCGUUGAUGUAUCUUGUUCGAGAGACGAGUUGCGUCAAAAACUGAAGUUUCAUGUACUACAGUCACAAACACUAUGUUGAAAGUGCACUUCCACGUAUACGUGCCACGUUCUCUAGUACACUCCAGUUCUAAUCAGCAGCAAGAGAAACGAGAGCAGCCAAGAAUCCGCGGUUUAUGACGCCUCUUGGGACUAGACGAGUUGCUGACUUGCCCUAUCAAAUGUCUCCGUUCGCCGAAGCCCGUCUGCCAUCAAGCGGCGAGCUAGGCGCUUUGAACUACUUCGGCGAUUACGGACAGGGCGGAUUGAGGAUUGAGGGAUCGCCUGGAACCGUCGCUGGGAACACGAGUUCAUCCAAUGUCACAAGCACUGUUGCCUCAGCUUUAGGUAAGGCUCAACUUUCAAUGGUCAUUGGGGUUGGUCACUGAGAUCGAAGAGGCGGCCCCGCCUUAAGAGAACAGGGGAAAACGAAGGGAAAGGGGAGAGCUUUGAAAGGGGUCUCUUCCGUUCAUCAUCAGUGACCAUUGAGUGCUGCGCUUUAAUUUAGACUACAGCAUCGUAAACAAUGUCAGCUAUUUGCCUGACCAUGCGAAUUUCGCACCAGCUGGAUCGAUCGUCCUAGAUGACAAUUUCACAGAGGUUGUGCCUUCCGGUUAUUCCGUUUACAUCUCGCCAACGAUUCAGACCGAAUACCGCACGAUUCGAGCCUUACCCGGGCAGCAGAUUCGUAUUUUCUGUCCUAUGCUGCACAACGCGAAGAUUUGUCAGGAUGGCGCAGCGGAAUUCUUCCUUGCGGAUCAUAGGGACUGCCUGGAGAGGAAUCGCAGGACGUCGUAUUCUAGUUGGGUCGAAUUCCCUCCAGACGCGAACUACACAACUCUGAGCGGCCACGAAGAGGGCAUCAAAAGUAGUCGCAGUGCGCACUCUGGGAACCUGGACGAAGUGCAUUCCGAUGAAAGAACGCUCUCGGAUGGGCGCCACUACGUCUUCCACAAUCAGCCGGACUACUUGGUGGACAACCGUACCUUUGUGGUGACAGUGGACGCUAGUCGAUUGUUGUCAGACUACUAUUACUUCUUGUGCAUGGACGUAGACGGGGUGAAUGAGCGUAGCUGGAAUAGCAGUUUCUCCGGUUGGACGGGUGUGCUGGUUUACGUGACUCCAAUCUUCGACUUGACUCUGAAUGUAAUCCGAAGUACCACUGGCAACGUGGGCGCGGAGAUUUUUGCGGUUGCAGAACCUGGCUUGACUGUCGGAUGGUUGGAUUCGGUCGUACCCGGAGACGCUAACUUCACCUUCGGGCCGGACAACAGUGUCGUAACUACCCAAUGUCGACGAGACACUGGCUCGCCGAUAGCGAAUUUUACCGUUGUAGGAGAACCUACUGGCUUGGCGAAGACAAGGGUUGACUCUGCCGGGUUGCGUAGGCCCAUGUUGCUGUAUCAGCUGCUUGUAAACACCUCCUCCUCUGGCAGUUCUCCUGGUCCUGGGUUGACAGAGGGUAUUCACUACGCUCUUUGUGCGCGAAGGAACAAAUCUGAAGAUGUGGCGCGACAAUUGGAGUACCUGCACAAUUGGACGCAUUACGCAGUGUUUGAUCCAAUUACUGGCUCGGACACGCUCUAUUCCAACGCGGUGGCAUCACCUCUGUACAACGCAGUAACGGACUUGAGCAAAGUGGAGCAUGAUAGUUUGCUGAUGUUGCCAGGCCACAGCGCAGUUUCUCUCGAACAGCAUCCAGUUGCGCACACUUUGAGGACCAACGGCUGGUAUGCGGACGAUUUUGGCGGGAAUUCGGAACAACGUGUUUUCGUGACCGGUUUCCAAGCAUUCCACAACUUUUCUCUGGUUCUCGGUCAAAGCAACUACAGCGUCGGCUGCACGGCUUGCCAACUGGUCGGACGCUAUGCCUACAUCAAUGCCGACGCGGAAACCCGAGUCCACUUUGCGCCGACUGCGCGAGAGUGCGGAGAACGGCCUUGGACCUACUGGAGUUAUCACGUGAAUGCACCGCCCAAAUGCAUUGUGGUCUCGCCGUUUCCCGAUUACAUUGAGGAAUGCUUCCCAGAUCCAGAGAAGAAGCAGAUCUGGACCCCCUAUUUCCACGACUUCAUCAAGUUCGGCGCAUUCUACCAAAUCUGUCUGAAACACCAGCAUUCUGCGUGGGGCAAUGCGUUUAUUCACGACGUUUUUGCCAGUCCAGCAACGGCGGACACGGAUGUGACUUUGGUGCGAGGACGUCGUGACUUUUUCGUGACGUUGACGUGCUAUUACGUUUGCCACAUUAGGGAUCCGUCAAGAGGUAACACGACGCACAACGCUAGCUUGACGACGAUGGAGGUAGGCAACGUUCCGUAUGCGAAGUACUACAGAUUCGCUACGUGGGAAGCGCUCACUGCGGCUCACGGGGUCCCUUCCAGUGCCAGCAGUCUUGUUGUUACAAGAUAUUGUAGUUCGGAGUGCGACAAUGCCAAGGGAUAUUUGCGUCCACGUGGUGCAAGGACUUGCAUCCGCGAUUUCGCACGUGGAAUUCCGGUCGACCAGCAUCCGGAUGAUGAUUUCAACAGAACCUUCACUGAAACGAUCGUCAGAGCUGCCUCCUCGCCAGCAGACUGGAACGAACCCAUCAAGCAGCCGAGAAAAGUCAAACUCCUAGUCGAAACGGAAAAUUACGAACCAAGAAGGUACUACGACGUGUGCUUGGACACCGGUUACGGCUUUGGACCGGUGCCGACUUCAGCGCUGAUUUUCGUACGAGAUCAAGGAAUCAAGACGUUCCACACCGUUGGUUUCAUCCUCGGUCCCGGCGAACACAUUUGGGUUUCUUGCGAUGGCUGUAUCGGAGACGUGACGCGGGCUUUCUUGCAGCCGGUAGACUUAACCGAUCGCUGUUAUCCGGAGAUUUACGAGUUCCUUACCGCAAGUGGCAAAGACGAAGGACGCCCUGAUCCGACUUUUGAGUCUAAUAGUCUCUGGCUCGUCGAUAGUCGAGGUUUGAACGCGAAUCGACACUACGUCAUGUGUCUCGACUUGGAUGGCAAGGACUCGGACAUCAUGGAAUACGAAAUCGUGGACUCGAAAUUCUUGGGAACGCAGAUUCAUUCGCUGUUUUACAGUGUCUUCGCGAUGCAGUACAACCCAAGAGCGGCGUUUGCUAAGAGGGAUAGCCAUAUCUACGUGGAUUUGCCGUUUUGGGAUGGCGGGAACAAAGCCUUUUGGAUGUUGGAACUGAACAGAUGUCGUAAGGACAUCAGGAUCAACGACUUGGAGCUUUCCGCGAUGAACUCGCCAGCAUGGGACUACAACCCGCCAUUCGACGACUGGACGCACACGAGAGUACUGGAACUGAGACCGACGACGGGUGCCUUUCCUCCGGUCGGACAGUUUGGCCGAAUUCCGACACCCAAUCCGGAGUCUGAUCUUGUCGUGUGGUACGGCCAAGCACAUCUCGACAUGUUGCGAACCGGCUACUACUAUCGUAUUUGUGGAACAGAUCAGGGCGCUUUGGGCAUGGGCGAUUCCAAUCUGAAGCUGUUCAUCAGUCCAGUCGAAGAUUUUUUUUCGGAAGCUGGUGAGCCGUUUAGACGACAAGUGAUUGACUUCGAUUGUGCUGACUGCACAACGAACAAAACGAACGAGACCGAUGGAACUUAUCCGAGAAAAGAAGACUUGACGUUAGCUUUUAUGGCCUUCAACUGCUCAGCAGCUUUGCAACCCUUUUUGAGGAUGGCAGAGAUCGAAGAACGCGUAAAAGCCUUAUCUCCGACUCUGCAAGCCCUGUGGGAGACAAUGCGGACGAUCAACACAGAGACGGAAUCGAGUUACUACACCUACGUGAACGCCUUUAGCGAACAUGAAUACCCGAUGCCGAAGUAUCAUGGGAACGCAGACACGGUUUCUUUUUCGCCUUUGGUGGACUUUUUAGCCACCCAUCUGUACCCUACUAUGCAUGCCAACGUGAAGCGCAUGGUCCGCAUCGUGCGCGACGUAAAUGACGAUAGUCGUCCUAUCUUCCUCAUCCCACACAAAAACUUCGCCACUUUGGCUUCGAUUCCUGGAGUAAUGCUGAAUCAGAGCACCCCAGUAGCAUUGACAGAUCCAGGCGCAAUUCAGGAUCCACUGUCAAUUGCUGUGGAUGACUACCUGCUGUCCGAGUUUCGCCCAAUAGUCGACAUGGACGAUGCCCAAAAGCAGGGUGAAUACUACCUGAAACAGCAAGCGAACCAGCUGAGGGUCCGCACCGAUUUGGAGUCUUGUUGUGGCUUCCGGUACGAGCUGGCCUACUACGACCAAGCUUUGCUCCAAGAGCCUAAGUUUCCGAUGCCAACCGGGAACACGACUUAUCGUUUGGUUUCCGAUUUCUCGUACGCAGAAAAAGGACGUCAUUACGAGCUCUGCGUCAGACGCCUUGCGACCAUGCCCACUGGUCCAAGCAGUUGGAGCUACUACAUCAACCCGAUCCGGCAGCGCAAAGACAUCACGAUCAAGAUGCUCAACUUGGAACCGGCAAGGUUAGACUGCCCAGUCUGCGCCGAACAUCGAAAGCGACCCAACGUGCACCAAAGUCGAAUGUAUGUGUCUGCGCAGAUACGCUGUGACGAAGGCGGAAAGACAACUGAAGUACAGUACACGCAUACCUCUGCACAGCUUUUGGACAUCGAUUUGGCUGAUCCGGAAUACAAUGGGUUGACGAAUUAUGGAAAAGAGUGAUAGUUUUAGUUGUAGCUGAUGAUAUAAAUAUUUAUACCCUCAUGAAAUUCGUAUACUCAGACUUAUCUUGUUCUUGUUCGUUGUUAAUUCCAAAAAGUUAACUCCCUCUAACAGCCACAGAACGCCAAAGUGAUGCGCGGAGGACAGACAUACAAGAUAUGCAUUGACGUGGACGGACCUGGUCCACAGACGCCGCACACGAACCACUGGCACUUGCCUACAAUGCGCUACGGGUACGCGAAACCUCACACACUGUUUGUCUCACCUUUACUCCAGGCUCAAGAAACCGUUUAUGACGACGGCUUGCAGAAUAUCGACGUUUUUUGUCCUGAUUUAGGUUGUGUGCCAGGGCAGUCGAUUAUUUUCCUCGAAAAGUACGAAGCCAACAAGGAUUUGCUGCUUUGGUGCCAGAAUCCGCUAGGCGACCGACGGAGUUCCCCUUUAGCUCAAGCCGAUGUUUCGGAGUUGACCAAUGUUGUGAACACCUACCGAAGUGUGGUCGACUCCGCAGAGUUAGAGCCUAGCUGGUACAGAAUUUGCUUCGAUUUCGAUGGACCCGAUGGCCCACUAGUUCCUGGUUGGAGCGAGCACAACAUCUUCAACAGUGGCGUCUACAAUGCAGCGACUUACGGGUUGAAGCGAGAGUCGGUACACAAGCUCUACGUAAAUUGCAAUGGGUGCAACGAAGCGAAUACGAUAGCGUUUUUGAGCAGGAAUUGUCAGAUUCCUUAUUUAGUGAAAGGAUCCAACUACACGGACUACUUCGAAGUGAAGCGCAUUCAGCAAGUGGGUUUGCCAUACGAGUGGCAGCUCACAGGAGAUACUUCAGCAUUACAAUAUGCGUGGAGCUACUAUCUCUGCUUAUCAGUGAGCGGAAAUUUGACUCAGGAACCGAUCGGAACAAGCUUGAAGUUCUACGUGACGCCGUUGGAGCAGGUAACAUAAUAGAAGUCUCAGUUUGAUAAUCGCUUGCUUUGGCUGUACUACUCGUGACCCAAAAUCCUCUUGUGAGUACUUCUUCUAGUACAGAUGAAGCAUACAAUGACAAUCUUGAUGUUCCCUUCUACAACUACAUUCAUAGCAUAUUUUCUACAACUACCGCAAACUCCUUGAACCACCAGGUGAAUAUGCUAACCGUGCUGCCACUCGAGUUCGUGAUGUUUACAUUCCAGUGCUACGCCUGUACCACGGAGAUGAUCGCUUACAUAAGUUAUCAGUGCGACACGCAGGAAGGGCUGAACCCUGUGUACCAAACGGGCGGUUACUUCGAUCUCUACACCGGUCAGAGCAACUUUCUGAAGCGUGAUAAAACGAGGAAGGAACAAGCUAGUGCCUACGAUUGGGCGUUGGAGAUGGACGCGAGCUUGCCGCCACCAGGUUUGAGACCUGGUAGGCAUUAUUCCAUGUGUAUUCAGGAUCGCGGAGAACUCGGGAAUGCGAUUCCGAACCUCUAUACGUCGCCAAUUAUUAAGGAGCCGACCUGGAAUUGGAGACCUUCGAACUUCACGGAUUCGACGUUUACUGCGGAUUUCCGCGACAACGUCUGGAUCUACGACGACCUCGAGCCUCUUUACACGCACCCAGCAGGUCAGACCGUCUGUGCUUGGUUCCAGAUAGCACCUUUCAGCGAGCAGACGAAGGACAAGCCGUUCUUCCCUUUGAACCCGAUCAUCGAUGGCGAACGAUACGGCUUAAAUGUGUGGGCCAACGCUAUGGAGAUCAAUUUUUUUGUCCGAGAUGACAUGACCGAGGGUUGGAAAGACGGCGUCCGCUGCAGUAUCACAGAAAACGUUCAUCAUGCCUGCGGAGUUUGGCAAGCCUACCGCGAAAGCAUAGGUCAGGGACGGUUUUUGUACUACACAGGGUUGAAGAUGUUCUUGGAUGGACGAUUGUGCAACGAGAAGCCGUAUGAGAAUACGGGGAUGAUGGAAAGCGCAUGGGAUUACCUGUAUACGAUGGUAGGAGCAGAAAGAAGAUACAUGACGGAAUUUGAAGGGUACUUUUUUUUUUUCCUACGUCUUCUACUUCAUCAGUCUAGAUUACAGUCCUCACACACGCACAAUCAUUAUAGUGCGCCGAUGUUUCCCUUGUGAACCGUAAACCCAAACCCACUCCCACACCAGGUCCAUCUGGGACGCUCGCUCUUACAAUGAGCCUUUGCAUGACCGGUUUAUAGAGCAAUUGUUUGAGGAAGGCUACCAGUAUCCGGCACUCACGACUUCUCUCGUACGAAGCAACCUUACCGAAGUGAACUUCUUCUGCUACGUUCCGUGUAUUGGCAGUGAGAUCGUCUUGUCCACGGAUUGUGACGAUCUAGCUGAUGCGAACAAGCGGUCGGAUUUUGGACCCGUCACGACUCAGCGAAGAGGAGAGUUAAACCUGAUGGCUACGGUUCCCGGUAGGACGUACAAUCUGUGCUGGAAGAUCCAGCCACCUGCGCCAAAUUUUUCACCUUAUGUGCCAAAAUUCGGGAACACGGGUGUGCAGGUUUUCAUUAGGCCCCAGGUGUUUUUCACGAACGUGACGGAUAUUUUAGUCGCAACUGCGAGAGUCGAGGUGAUACAACAAGCGACGUCGUUGUUCUCGUGCCAAGCCUUGCAGACAGGAGAUCCAGAUAACGAGUAUUUUUUAAGGUUUAAUACCGUAAUAAAUUCAUCCUAAGAUGAUGAAGCAAGCAUCUCUGGGCCCUUUGUUUUUCAAGGGGAAAGGACGGCAAAGAUGCUCUUCAAGAUGAAUAUGCGUGACGAGGUCUUCUAAACUUGGUUUUGAUUCCAACGUGGAUGCGGCAACGCGGAAUCGCUGUCCAGAACACGUCUUGGGUAGAAAUAUCAGACCCUGCUGAAAAAGCGCUCUAUGCUCCUCCCGAAGAACGAACUGCGCCUUUGUAUCGAGGGUACGUCCAUUUAGAAAAUCUGAGGUCCGAUAGCGAAUACACAGUUCACUGUGCAGCUCAAGAUAAUGAGGAUGAAAUCUGGAGCCAAGUCUUUCGAACUAAUGUUGCUGCGCUUAUGUCUGCAGAACUACGCUUACACUCGGUGCAACUCGGGGACCGGAUAUCGCCGUACCACAACGGCCUGCUGAUUCGCGCGACAGCUGAAGGCGCAACUUUUGUGCAGUGCCGGUUAGUAGGACCAAGUCGAUUAGACUUAGGCGAGUCUCCUUCAUCGUUCGAAAAGGAGGCUGCUGAUGGCAGUGCAGAAGCUGCCUUCCCGGGACAGAAGCUCUACAAAGGAAAAGCAUGCUUCAGACCGGGCGCCCAAGAGCCAUAUUCGAUAUCCGACUUUUUGUAUCCGGAUCAAGGUCCUGAAAAUGGCACUUUUUCGGGAUGCGGCUAUUCGAACAUAACAUAUUGUCCUGGCUACUGCUCAGUAGGAAUAGACGGCUUACAUCCGGCCAGCGACUACGACUAUUAUGGCCUGUUCGUUGUGAAUCUUAGUCUUUGAAAAUUGAACUUAUGGAUAUCAACAACGAUGUGUUAUGUUGUAAACGCUAUAAAGUAAACAUCGUUGUUCGUCCAUAUUAAAUUUGUAACGCAAAAUAAUGAGUAGAAGCUGCUUUUCAUCCGCAGGUGAUAUUCAGAAAGAACAACUAGCGUAUAAUAUUGAUAAUCAUCUUGUAAACUUGAAAUCUUCCAUGUGUCGCAAUCUGUGAAAGUGAGUCAUCUAAUCUCCCGAGUGCUGGUCCCUCUCCGUACCAAACCUUCGCAUCAACGGCACCGGCAGGACAGCACAACCGCCACUAGCUUGUCGCGCAGAGAGUUGUGUGGCUUUGGACUCCAUUUCUGGCCGUUUUACGGAGUUUAAUGCUACGCAGACGACUUUUCAACCUGUCGACAGCAAUAACAUCAUGAGAACGGUAUUAUAGUGGCAUUUCUUUCAUUCGGAGUGUCGCUCUCCUCACCAACAUUGAUUAUGGUAAUGAUCGUCGUUCGCGUUCACGGUAGCGCUACAGUUAUAGUAGUUUGCGUACGAUGAGAUCAUAAACAUUUAAAGAUUACCUAAGAAUCGUCUCUUAUUCCUCCCACAUGACCAGGUAAGCAGCAACGGGCGUACAAUCUGUGGAAUAACCGCCGCCGAUGUGCGCAUGGACGUGAUGAUGGACAAUCACCAUACGGAAUGCAUUGUUAAGGCUUCCCCUGCUAAUCCAUUUUUCUGAUGAAGCAACCUAGAAGCGAGGCUUUUCAAGGCGGGGAAAAGGGCCCUGGGAUGAGUCUCCAGAUGGAUAAGGGUGAGCUCUAACAUUGGCGUCCAAAAAGACAUGUUCCAGGACUUGACGAAGCCGUUCUAUAUGGUCUCUCUCGGUGAGUUCCAUAAGUGCAGCAUCGUGCGUGGUUUGAUCGCCACCAUCGAGUGCGCGGGUGACAACGCCUGGGCACAGCAAGUGCGACUUUUAGGUGACGAACGAGCGAUCAAUUGGCUCGACGUGUCUUGUGGUUGGUCCCAUUGCUGCGCAUUGAGCGUGGACUUCGACCUGAAAUGUUGGGGCUUCAUUCCGAGUGCGGUGUCGAGGCCAGCAGCGGGCGUGAGAUUCGCGCAAGUGAGCAGUGGGAGAGGCUACAGUUGCGGCAUCCGGUUAGCGGACAAGAAACUGCAGUGUUGGGGCAGCAACGAAUUUGGACAGAGCAUACCGACAAACGAAACUUAAGGGUAGAUUUUUGGUGCUUCUUUUACCGUUCGUUUUGCGCUUUCUAAGUAGGAAAGGCAUAACAAACCGGGGAGAGAAACAGCAAAAGCCUACUUCCAAGAAACUAUUCGGAGUAGCAACUUCCGCAUGGUCUCUUGCGGCGUGCAGCACACAUGCGGAAUCCUAGAGUCUAGAAAAAUAGUCUGUUGGGGUGCAGCGGUCUUAGGACAACUAGACAUUCCGAAUGAAGUUCUCUCCGACACGUUCAUCAACGUCGCUGUUGGCAUGUACCACGCGUGUGGGCUGAAUCUGCGUGGAUUUGCAAGAUGUUGGGGACCGGGGCUACCCUUAGAGGAUUUUUUCGUCAUCCAAAACUUCACGUAUCAACUCACUGUCGACACCUUGAUGGCACAGGCAAACGGAGAUCAGGCUACCUACGAAACGCUCUUUCAGAAUCAUUUCGGCACUCCUGUUGCGAACUAUACUUAAGCUUUUUGGAUAUCCAUCUUCAGAAGGAAGCAUCUUGGACCUCCGUAUAAGGGGGAAACGGAUCCAAGAUGGCUUUCAAGAUGGAUUCCCAUUCCCGAGAGGUCUAAUAUACGAUUGCGCAGCCACCCCCCUACGUCUUCCACAGAAGCAAAGAGAUUAAGGCUACUUGUUCCAGAUUUCAUCCUUCUUCGUUCACUGGCAUCCCUGAGAAGUUGACUUUUUUCCAAUUUACUGGAAAGUAGGUCCCUCCGUGAUGAUCUGAUCUCCUGAAGAAUGUAAACAUAAUUGCACAAAAAGCUCUAGCUCUAAAGAGACGAAAGCUCUGAAUUACAAAAGCGUAAACUUCUUGUCGCUGCCAGGGAAGUUCGGUUUCGUAUCAUCAGGAAGCGGAGCAAGUGGAAUACCAAAUAAUUUCACGACAUCAAAUCCUGUGUAUCUGAGGACGAGGUAG